AUGAGUGUUUUGAGUGGUUUAAGCAAAGCUGACUUCAAGACGGCGAGUGAUGGACUGUUGGAGCUCAACGAGGAGAAGCUCCGUAGCAUCAUGCGCUCGGAACCCAUCACGGAUAUAUACCAUGUUGAGCAGACGCCGUUCGCAAGGUCAGUACCACGAUACCAAUCACGUGUUAAUCUUGUGUACCUUAUCUCUUUCGCUCAAGGUAACAGGUUUCACUGCGAAGCAUAG